AUGUGUUUGGUGUUUGUGUGCGAUCAGGACGAGAGGGUGAUUGGAAGAUACGCAGCUCCUGGAGCGUGUCCGUACUGCGGCGGAGCUGUUCAAGUGGUUGAUGUAGAAAAUCAAUGGAGUUUCUGCUUCGUUCCUCUCUAUAACAAAUCAAAGCGUCGUCAUCUUUGCUCCACCUGUGGUAGACGGCUCAUCGUCAAAUCCUGA